AUGGAUCACCUGUCGAUAAGUGACGCCACGAAUGGGAAACAAUCGGGCGAUCCGUUGCUGCGGAGGAAUGGCAGCCAAAAGACACCGAAGAGGGCCGUCCAGUACUUCGACAACGACCUCAAUGUCCAGCGAUUUUUGGGCAUAUUUUCGGCGCAUUACUGUUGGCCACAAGACUGCGAGGAGGGCUCACGAGACAAGUGUUGGUCGCAAGUGAUGAUCGCAUCCAACGAGUGGUUUAUGGCUCGGCUAUGGCCUCAAGUGGUGUCCAAAGUGCCGAAGAUUACCGCCGAUGACCGCACUCUGCAUCAGAUCAACGAACUGUUGUUCGCAUUAGUGCUCAAAGAGUGUGAUCUGUUGACAGCACAACAGAUGCAGUACUUCGAGGCCGUCAUCGAUGUCUUCAACGACGAGCUAACGUUUGGUGUCUUGUUUUGGCUGAAGAUAUGCUCGCAAUUCAAUUGGCGACUCAUUUACGCCAAACUCAUUGCUGAUCACAAACACUGCAAACGAGUGCUGGAAGUGCUGUGCGAAGAGUUGUCGUCGGAAGACGUGUACCGGUGUAUGAGUGGACAAGAAGUGGAUUACUUGUACUCAUUGGUGGACUGCGUGUGCGUUCACGCGAUCGCCCACAACAUAGUCAACGAUAAGUCACAUAAAAACGUGUAUUUCGUGGAUGUGAUGAAGAGGUUUGACGAUCGGGUGGUCUAUGGCAGCGAUUAUCGACCACUCAUGAGACAAUUGGCGACCUUUAAUGUGUUGACUCAAGAGUUGAUUAGCUUUGGCUUCGCGUUGAUGUCCAGCGAUGACCACAAAUGCCAGGAAAUGAUUCGCAAUAAGGUCCGCGAACUCGAGAAACUGUUGGACGAAAGGGUUAACCACAUCGACGCCAAUGUGGAGCCAAUGGACAAGAGAGUGGCCGAAGACGUGGCGCACAUGAAGGCAAACAUGUUGUCACUCGAGUUGAUUAAUAAGCAGUACUUCCAGAAGAAUGGAGAGACACUACAACUCGAACCCUUGCAGAAGUUCUUCGAGAAGAUUACCGAUAAGAGUGGCGUCAAAGACAUCGACAUCCAUAGCUUCUUCUACUUGUCGUGCAUUUUGAACGACAGAUUACACGCCAAUUACUGCCAACUCCUGCAGCUAUUGAUUGGUUUCGCGGACUCUCGUCAUUACGAGAAACUGAUGGCACGUAUCAGACCCGAGGACGUG